CUUACUUAACAACUUGUCGCCUCGAUUGCCCUUUACCCUCCCCGGAAAAUGCUCCCUUUUCCCGCUGCUUGGGUAACAGAAUUGCCAGCAUGUCCUUUGGCCAAAGGCAUAAAAAGCUGACACGGGACUCCUUUUUUCCCCUAUUCUUUUGCUCCCUUUUUUUUGACGGUUUUGUGUGCUGGCCUCCUUUGCAUAACUGGCUACAAAUUUUCCUUAGUGCCCUCAGCGGCGCUAAAGUUGGCCAAGUUUCGUCUGAAGGGUUUUCCAAGUGAUGGAAACGAAAUUUUUGACACGCGACCAGAAAUUUGAGUGGUAAACCUUUUCAGAGAUUUUAGGGAUAGUUUAGGAUAAAAAUGGAAGAAGUAAAGACGCCAACUAAAGUUUUUAGAUUCGAAGCCACAUGCUCUUAAAUUGCAUUUGGGAAACUAUUGCAUAUAACUUCGACUUAAAUGUGCAUAUUCCAUUUCAAUUUCGCCCAUUCGCCGUUUGAAAAGCAUUUCAAAUAAUUUUCAACUUUUCCCUUUGUCACCUAAAAACUUUAUCCUUGAAGGCUGGAACUUCCACAGCCAACACAUUCGGCCAUCACUUAUUGUUACUGUCGAAAAUUCCCUUUUCACAUUUCCAUUGAACUUGGCCACACACACAAACUUAGCCAAACUGCUGAAUCCUUUGGCCAGUGGAGAAAGCGGAGUGGGAGCAGGAAAGCCAAUCUCUUUUUAAGCUGUUCAACAAAAAAACUUUCACUUUGUUGCCCAGGACGAUCAACGCCAGAAGUUUGGUCCUCUCCGGAGACGGGAUUGAAAGUUCUAAAAAGUUCCGGUAUUAAGUCCAUUUAACCCGCCAUUGAACUUUACGCCUCAACGACCAGCUAAUGCAACAAAAACUGCAGAGCCAAAUCUACGUAAAACCAACAACUAGCCCUAAAAACUUAUAACAAAAAAAAACUAUGGCAACCGAAGGACCAGCAAGGACAACAAAGUAAAUGAGCAGCCUGCCAAAGGGAUGAGAGGGCGAAAAUCGAGCAGGCAAAUGUGCAAAAAAUGGAAAAUGAAACGAAAAACUUUUGUGGCAACAGAAUUUUCCCUGUUCGCCGUGUCCUUUUUUAUUUUUGCAACCUCUUGCAACCUGCGGUGAAAAAAAGGAGAAGAAUUCAAUAAAAUAACGCUUUCCAUCUGGGCAAAGUAGUAAGGGGAUAAAACUAAAAUAAAGUUUUCCCCGUGCGCCGUGGCGAGGACAAUUUUCGUGAAAUUUGUACAGCCACGCCCACCGGGCACCCGCCCCCUUUGGACCACAAGGUUCGUACCACAGCCAUUUGGCAUUAAAGUUUAACAAUGGACGCUGGCGCGUGUGAAAGAAAGGAGCGAAAGAGCGAACGGAAGUAAAAGAGACCGCAGAAGUAUUCCAUGAAGGAAGAAUAGAAACACAGUAGCUAAAGAAUCGGCGGCUGGGGGCGGAGGAGGGCGUGGCAUUGGCGGCCAUUUGUACUUAAACUGAUCUACUUUUGUUGUACUAUAGCUCAAGUUUCUGCCCCAGCAUCUGUAGCUGUAUCUGUAUCUGUAUCUCUCUCCAUAUGUAAGCGUGCGUUUAUCCUGCUUACAGUUACACAGAUAAACAUUUUCGUUAGGGACAAAAAUGCACGAGGACGAAAAUAGGAAGGGGCAUUUUGGGUUAAGGAUUCUCGAGGAACAUCCUUGGGCCGUCCUGCAUCCUCCCACAUUUUGUGUGUGACUUGUUUGAAUGCAUACUUUGUCUGGCGCUGGCAAAAUGUUAAAUUCCCAGGCAGCAUAUGCUCCAGUGGAUGAAGAAGGAAGUCAGGGGCAUGGAAAAGAGGGUUUAAAAAUGUGAAAUUUUUUAAAGAAUUGUGAAUAUUUUGACAGUGCACUGAUUGGAAAAUUAUUAAAGGUAAAAAUAAUAACUAUUUUAUUGUAUUGUAUAGAGUUUUAUAGUGAUAUUAAGUAUGCAGAUUCAGUAUACGAAUUUGAUUAAAUAUGUUGCCAAUAUUUGUAUACGUUAUGGAAUAUGUAUUUUAUGUAAUACUUUAUUCGAAACUCCUACUGCUAUAGCUUAAACAAACUCACUUAUAAUUAUAAUAAUAUUUAUCUAAAAAAAAUAAUCCAAAACAAAAUAUUACAUUAUCAUUGUGUGGCCAACAACUAAUAAGACCCCUUGAGAUAACAUCUUGAAAAUCCCCGAAAACGACGGCUCUGUUUGCACUACACACAACUUGCUAUUAUCGCAAGAUAAAUGCCAUCCCAACAUAACUAAGACUUACCCAGAGUCCUGGCUCUGCUGCAGCUUGCUCCAGCUGCUUGGAUGAGUCCAACAAAGCUGCUAAGCCGCCAGCAAGGAUAAGCAGUUGGAAAAGAGGCAAACGACGGGGGCUUCGAGGCGGAUAGAAGCGAACCUGCAUUACUGAUGGCCUCACCAGAUGCAGGCCUCCCACAGGAUCUGGGCGUGGAUACCCCUGAAACGGUGGCAUUUGCGGCAUUUGCACCGAGGUCCUGGGCAUAACUGCGCUUCGGAAUUUUAAUAGAGCAAAUUUUCACAAACAAGCCAGAAAAAUGAGAGCGAAUAGAAAUGCCGGGGGAAGAAAUUGCGCGGCAUUUUAUUCUGCGCUGGUAAUAAAACUUCGAAAUGAAGUUUAGAAAACUUUUUAAAUGCCUUUCGCCAAGGCGAUGGACAGGCGUUGAAGUAGGAGCCCAGUCUACCCUACUCCCCGGCCACUCGCUCACUUCAAUAACCACGCACAAGACACACACCCACUAAAAACAAAAAAACAAAAAAAAUAAAUAAAUAAAACAGGGCAUAAUAAUGAUGAUGACGCCUACAACACAACGCCCACGAACACGCCCCCCGCUUUGGCAAUGGCCUGGUAGGAUCCGCGCAAAAUGCUAAACGGGCCCCAAGGACCAACGCAGCCAGGACACACGGCUUGGCUCGGCCAGCUUUUUGCAAAUUUACGAUUAUGAUUAUUACAAGUCGACGUUUUCUGCCCAGGAUUCGUGUGUUCGUGUGGGCGAACGACAGCCAGGGCGUUGGGGUAGUGAGUCUGACAUUUGGACAGCUGCUGGAUAGACGCUUCCCCAGCAGAAGAACAAGUGCAAAAGAAUGCGUCAAGGCAUUUUAGCACUUUGCCCCCGGACGAAGUCUCAGCUGAAAGCCAGAGACACGGGCCCAUGCCCAUGCCCAUGCCCAUCCGAAUGUACACGGGCCAAAGUUGUGCCAAAGUUAUUACAACUCUUAAAGAUGCCACGGGGCAGGAUGUAUCUCAGGGAUGUGCUGCUUCGUCCUCGCUCCUCGAGUGGUGGGUGGUUGGGCGGAGACAUUGACCUCCAGCGGGUUGUUGGACAGCGUCUGGAAAUCGGCAAAUUCCAUGGGGCAUAAUAAACGUAAGAUAAAAGUCAAAGAGGGACAAAAAUUAUGUAAUAAACUGUACAACGAAAUGAAAUUAUUUCAGCGAGGGUGGGCCAACCAGGGGAUGUUAAAGGGGGGCUUUACUGUGUGGCUCUUGAAGCUGGUAAAUAAAAGUUUGAUGUGCAAGCAUUUGGCGGAGUUUGCAAAGUUUUCUUGCUGGUUGAAUUUUCAGGUACUCUAAAUGGAGUUUCUGUAUUUGUUUGUUUUUUCGGAUUUAAUAAAAUCUGGGUUUCUGCCAAUCGAAUGUACUAACAAACAGUAGCUUAAGAUAUUAAUUUUUAUAUUUAUUAUUAAAAACAUUAAAUUUGGUAUUUUCGUUAAUUUCUCAACAAAUUCUAUGUGUGCCAAUUCAUGUGAAAUUAAGCUAUAAAAUAUAUAUAGCUAGCAGAGUAUUUGUGCAUUCACCACAAACAAAUGUAUUCGUUCCUCGCUUGUUUUUAAAACUUUAAACAUUUUGUUACUGACGGAAGGGAGAUCGAAAAAAAGCGGUUUUCUGGAUAAGUUCUGGAGUUUCGGGCUGGGUGCUGUGGACACACCUACACACAGCCACACGUACACCGAAAGGCACAACAAUAAGUCAGGAAUGCAGGUGGGUGAGGGGCUUAGAGGGGCAGACGAAAAGCACAGGGCGCUUUGGGCUUAUCAAGUUGAGCGCAUCAAAUUCUCAAAAAUAAUAUACCAAAUCAUAAAAGCAUGACGAUGAGCAAUUUACCAAAGCCAAAUACUCAGAGACGAAACAAAUACGGGAAAAAAUGGGACGCUGUAUGAAGGGAAAAGAUUCAAAUCAAGAACGUGCCCCAAACGAAGAAGAAGUGCCGCAGUCAAGACGAUUAUAGGCUGCUGCCCUACAAUUGGAAAUUGAAAAUGUUAUUUUUCAACUUGAACUUCGAUUGCUGGCAUCUCUCCUCGCUUUCCACUGCUGGCAGUAAUCACUUUGUCAUUGCCAUCAUUUUUCAGCAUCAAUUGUUUAGCGGCUCGACAUAAAUUCACUUCAGAACCCAAAGAGAACCCGCUCUGCGUCUAAUGGAAAUUGAGAGAUACAAGAUACAAGAAUCGAAGCCGAGCAGUCUGCGUCAAUGGAAGGUCCAAGUGCCCCAUCACAAAUGUAUCUGAAGUUCGGAAAACUCGAUGGGUCUCGGCCUGAUGGAGUGGACUUCCCUGGAAUUGGCCUACAGCUUGGCCCGCUUUUAAGUCGCACCGAACAGGAGAUCAAAGGGAAAAUCAUUGACCAACUACUCUUGAAAGUCGGGCUUAAGUCUAAGAAUCACACUUGAAUUCAACGAAAUUGAAGUUAAGCUAAAUGUUUUAAUAUUAUUAUAUAUAAUACGAAGUUACUUAGUUUAUACAUAUACAGAGCCAUUAAGAAACUAUGGCUCCCCUUAAUUAAGAAAUAAAUGUGAAACAAACCGAUUUCGAAGUGAAAAUGUCAAACCUUUUAAAAUUGCGUUAGUCAUACUCGUAUUGUUAAGUUAAAACUAGACCUCCCUGCUCUUUUUGAAAGAAUCUUCGCGGACAAUGGGCUGGAUACUGGGACUAUUGCUUUGUCUCUGUGCAGGACUUUUAACUAAUCAGCAGAAACAAAGAACCGGUUUCAUAUCAGUCAACACGUCCACAUCGGGCUUGACGGAUGCAGAGGGAGCUGCUUUGGUGCCAGGACCGGGCUAUUAUCACGAAACCAGAAUCGGCGAAAAGCCAUUUGAUGUUGGUAAAGGCAAAGGCAAGGGUAAAGGUAAAGGUAAGGGUUCGUCCUUGCGAGGUGCAGGAACUGCUAUUGUUGUUAUCAGCGAGAGCAAGCAUACCAAUAAUGGCGACGUAAACAUUGUUAACUCCAAAGUGCAAACUGUUACGAAAAAGCCCAUAUUGAAACCUAAAGUAAAAUGGCAAAAUCCAUUUCAAGAAGUACAACAGUCGCAAACGCGGCCUCUAGUACAGGCAUCACCUCCAGGAAUACCACGGCCACAGCCACAGUCACAGCCACAGCUUACAGUAUGGCAAGUACCUCAAGUACCUCAAGUAAUAAAACAGGCACAACCACAGCCCCCAGUGCAGAGAGUUUCUCUACAAGUAUCACAGCCAGAACCACUGAUCCAGCUAAACCCACUGGUUCCGCCAAAACCUUUGGUUCAGCGAAUACCUCAGAUCCCGCCACAGCCAAUAGUUCAGCAAAAACCGAGACUGGGAUGGCCAUUAAGUGAAUAUCCUUGGCUAAACUUAAUGAUGAGAGCAAAGAGACAAUAUGCUAUUGAACCAAAAAGCGAUCUGCUAAGUUAAGCAAAGAAAUUUUAUUUUAAAUAAAAACAUUCUUUAAAGAAUAAGUCCAAGCCCAA